UGAAUGGACAACUACAAAUUCGUGCUGCCCAGUGUCUAGUGCCAAGUACAUCCAGCAUCGCUAUUAAUGUCCAGCGUGAGGCGCUAGUACAACUCCCCGGGUAGCAGAUAGUUUUGUUGACGGAAGUUCCCACGGAAGAAGAGAGGAGCUGCGAUGGUGCGGUCCAAGUCGAGGUAUUUACUGUGCGAAGUCAACGUGUCAGACAGGAGCCGCCUGUUGCUGCUGGAUGACCGAGCUAUUGUAGCGACAGUGAAGGCCGCGGUGGCCCGCACACACGGGGACUAUGGGGCAGCUCUCUGCAGCAGAUUCUCUGUGAAAUAUCUGAAUGCUUAUACUGGAAUAGUGUUCCUGCGUUUCCCCAAAAGGUGUUACAGACUCCUCUGGUCUGCAUUGCCUUUCAUUACCAGUGUUGAAAAUCGUGGGCAGAAAAUCCCAUGUUUUCUGAACUGUUUGCAUGUAGGAGGAACAAUUAGAACAUGUCAAAAGUUUCUGAUCCGAUACAACACCCAGCAGCUUCAUCGAAUGCUCCCUAAAUGUAAAAACGAAGAAGAAAAGAAACAGGUUCGCAAAGCAAUUCUGAACUGCUCUCUAAUAGGAGGAAACAAGGAAGCAAAUGAAGAUGAAUCAGAGAGUGAGGAAGAUGAUGAAGAAGAGUGACUUCACAACCUGCAAAAAAAGCAGCAGCUAUGUAAUUCUCCUUAGAUGUCUGGUUGUGACUAUUUUUGUUACGGGACUGAUAGAAAGGAAGAUGUGAAGCAUUUGAAAAACAUACCCAACUCUGGAAAUAUGGUUUACUACAGCUGCUGAGUGCAUUUGCUACUAAAGAAAACUGACUGACUGUAUGCCUGUCUUCAACAGAGGGACACAAGACAUGCUGUUUCACACUUUGUCACAUAAUUAAUUUUGGUUGGCAUCGUGGCCUGAUGGUCACUAUGAAUAUCCUUUAACAACCAGGUCAUGUUUGAUUCUCAGAAUUACUAUCCCUUAGUUGUUUUAGAUCAGUGUCACCAAAAAUAAAACUGCAGUUACAUAGCACAAAAUAAAACUGGCCUAAUGCUGAACAGAGUUUUUAUGUUUUAAUGAAUUUGUUUUUUAUUCAUACUAUAAUGUAUGAAAGCCCUUGGAGGCAAGUGAGAAAAAAAAAUUCUGGUGAUCCAUUUUCAUGUUUUCUUCCAGGUGAAGUGCCAAUUAAAAUACAUUUUUCUAACCGAUUCAAAGACAUGACAGUAAUGUUACAUAACUUGCUAACCCACAAUAGAUGUACCUUGUGUUUAGAGUGCAUGGAGAAAUUAAAACUCAUCUGGAAGAAAACAUGAAUGCUUUUAGAACACGUGAUAGUGGUGCACUUCAGCCUCUUGUGGCCGAAAUGAGUAUUACAACAACAAACAAAGCACCUGUCAAAACUAUUUUUUCACCUGUUUUCACAGUAUUUUUUUUUUUAAGGAACUUAGAAAGAUUAUCUGGGCAAAACCUUUUUUUUCACCUGUUCUUAAAGGUCCAGUGUGUAACAUUCAGGAGGAUCUAUUGGCAGAAAUGGAAUAUAAUAUUCUUAAGUUAUGUUUACAUUAGUGUAUAAUCACCUGAAAAUAAGAAUUGUUGUUUUCAUUACCUUCGAAUAAGCCAUUUUUAUCUACAGAGGGAGCCCAGAACCGACAAACCAAACACUGGCUCUAGAUAGGGCCUUUCUCGUUUUUCGUGGCCACUGUAGUUUCUUCUGCAUCCUUGGAAAGAGAGGGUGAGGCAAGCGGUAUUCAAAUGGUUGCAAACUGCUAUUUCACUGCUAGGUGCCACUAAAUCCUACACACUGCUCCUUUUAAGUCAUAAACACAGAAGAGAAAACAAUUUAGAUCAGACUUAGAAAAUGGAUCACCAGAAAUGUUUUUUCUCACUUGCCUCUCAAGGCUUCCAUUGUUUGUGCUACUCUAUAUUUUUUUUACAAAUUAAAGCAUUGUUUUUGAAGAUAA